GGGAGAGGAGGUGGGGCCCAGUUGUCAGGCAGGCGGAGCAAAUCGGGCCUUAUCUCUGGAACGCGCGGCGGGGACGUCACCGAUCGUCGACCGGCCAUGUCCGCAACAACGGCCACCGCGUGCGCCUCGCCGCCGGCGGCGCGCCCGCCCCUCCGCUCGCCUCCCUCCGCCGCGCACCUUCCAUCCUACUCCUACUCCUACUCCGCCUCCGCCCGCCGCUCCUCCUCCGCCGCCUGCCGCUGCACCGCCUCCGCCUCCGCCUCGCCCUCCACCUGGGACUGGACACGCUGGAGCCGCCACUUCGCCGAGGUCGACCAGGCCGAGAGCUACGCCUCCCUCCUCAAGUUCCAGCUCGAGGAGGCCGUCGACAACGAGGACUUCUCCGAGGCCGCCAAUCUCAAGAAGGCCAUCCUCGAGGCCACGGGCAACGACGCCGUCGCCCAGGUCAUGUCCGAGCUCAAGAUUGCCAUAGAGGAACAGCGGUAUCAGGACGCCUCUAGGUUGACAAAGCUUGCCAGAACCAACUUGGUAGGUUGGUGGGUGGGAUACGCUAAGGAUACAGAUGAUUCGAUUGGGAGAAUCGUACGGAUAACCCCCGGUGUUGGGAGAUAUGUGGCUAAGAGCUACAGCCCGAGGCAAUUGGUUACUGCAUCUUCAGGGACUCCAUUAUUUGAAAUCUUCCUCAUCAGAGAUGACGAUGAAACAUAUACAAUGAAGGUUGUGCACAUGCGACCAACAAAAGGCACUUCAAGCACAUCAGCAGCUGCAGAAAGUCCAGCUAAGGCAGAGAAUGAAAGCUCACUGGAAAGUAGUGCUAUAUCUGAGGGCGUUACAGAGGAAGCAAAUACAGAUAAUUCAUUAAAGGGAGAUAAAGACACUGAGGAUAAAGAACAAGAUGUUGGUAGCACUAAGGAUAGUAGUGUUGAAGGGUUGAAAAGUGUUUUGAAUUUCUUCAAGUCUCGAAUUCCUGAAUUCAAAGUUCAAGUAAUAAAUGUAGAUGUGUCUGAGGAAGCUGAAUUAGCUGCAGAUUCAUCAGAAGAAUUAGUGCAAGAUGAUGUGAAGAGCACGUCAGAGAACUCAUUGGAAGAUUCUACCACUGAGGAGCUUCAGCAGGAUGAUGUUCCCGAUGGAGAUUCAGACUCAGCUGAAGAUAGUAAAAGUCCAGAAAUGAAGCUUUUCAUUAGUGGAGUGGUUCACAACAAGGAGGAUGCUGGAGCAAAAUCAUAUGUUCGAGUUCCAGCUGAAAUUUAUAAUUUGGAAAAGGAUUCCUUCGAACUUUACAUUCCUGGAAAAGGUUCUGAUCGGGAUCUGGCUGAAACAAAGGCUGCAAAGCAGAAAGUUGCUGAUAUGGCUGCCAAAUUAGCAUCGGAACUUAUGCCUUCUGAUGUUGCGAAGGCAUUAUGGGGAACGACCAAGAGUUCUUCGAAGAUAAAUAAAGAAGUACAAGAGCUCUUAAAGCUUACCCUCAGCAAGGCUCGAGUCAAGCUGACCGAGAGUACAAUUUUCAACAGGAUCAUUACUGACAGUAACGGCUCAGAUCCAUUUAGUGGUCUCUAUGUGGGAGCAUUUAGUCCAUAUGGACCAGAAGUUGUGCAGCUCCGUCGAAAGUUUGGCCAUUGGAACAGUACAGAUGAAGUGGAGUUUUUUGAGUAUGUUGAAGCACUAAAGUUGACUGGUGAUCUGAGUGUCCCUGCUGGACAGAUAACCUUUCGGGCUAAGAUUGGGAAGGGCAAACGUCUUGAGAACCGUGGUGCAUACCCAGAAGAAUUUGGUGUGAUUGCUAGCUAUAAAGGUCAAGGGAGAAUUGCACAGCCUGGAUUCAAAAAUCCCCGGUGGGUGGAUGGUGAGCUAUUGGUUCUGAACGGCAAGAGCACGAUCCCACACCUUGGAGGUGCGGAGCUUGGUUUCCUGUAUAGCGUGCCUGAGCAGAGUUUCUUGGUUCUCUUUGACCGGCUUAAACUUCCAGAGUGAUGAGAUUAUGCUGAAUUGAGCUGUUCUCACAUGCAAAUUGCAUGAGUACAGACAGAAGCUGACCCGAUUUCAAGUGAAACGUAUAGAUGCCCCGUCAUGUUCCGAGCUUCCUGGAACCCUGAACUGCCUGCUUCCUUUAGUCAGCUCCUAUUUGAGAGGAGCUGACCUGUUUAACCUUUACCAGGGUUAUAAGAGAGCUGGCCAUUUUGGUCUGUUGGAAUACUGGAGCUGUCAUAUGAGAUCAUGUUAGGAUCUUAGAUGACGUGGUAUAGAUAUAUUUUGUGACCCAUUUUGUAUUCGGUUUUGCCUAAUAAUGAAGGAUGGGAAAGUUUUGUAUUAUCUGGAUGUUACAGAUAAAUAAAGUCUUGUCUUUCGAUCCA